CACCAACAAGGUUUUGCCUUACCUGUCGCAAUAAUGGCGGCGCCCGCGUCCUUACCAGUCUUGCUAGACUCACUGACGAAUUCAUUAACUUCCGCAUUCGAAGCGGCUCCUAAAAUAUCCGGCAUUGAGCCAACCAAAGAUGGAGUGUCCCUCCUAGACGUCAAAAACGAGCUUCUUCUUUCCUACUUACAAAACCUCGUCUUCCUAAUUCUAAUCAAAAUUCGAAAUGCUAAGAAUGCCGGAUCGGAAAGCUCAGAGGAAGAAGAUAAGACAGACCUCUCGGACGUGGUAGUAAAAAAACUAGUCGAAUUGCGACUAUACUUGGAUAAGGGAGUUAGACCCCUCGAGGAGAAAUUGCAAUUCCAGCUCGAUAAGAUUCUGCGCGCCGUCGAAGAUGCAGAUCGCAUUGCUUCUCAACCCGUGAACGAGGCCGAAUCGGAGUCUGAAUCAGAGUCAGACGAUGGGUUAGAGGAUAGCGACGCUUCUGGGAACGAAGGCCCAACCAAACCUGCGCUGGAUAUCUCAGCUAAGCGAUUUGCCCCAAGUUUCGCCAACUUCGUCACACCUUCGAACCCUGUCGGUAUGGCAGCUACCACGACGCAAGAUAAGACAGGCGCAUAUCGCCCGCCUAAGAUAACGCCAACCGUGAUGCCCACGACCGAGCGAAGAGAGCGAAGCGAGCGCCGACCCAUGAAAUCCGCGACUAUGGACGAGUACAUCUCGAACGAGUUGUCCUCAAUGCCCGUCGCAGAACCCAGUGUCGGAACCACUAUCAUGUCGGGCGGUCGAAAGAUGAAGACGGCUUCAGAGCGACAGGAGGAAGAGCAUAGACGGAACUACGAAGAGUCUAACUUCGUGCGAUUGCCGAAAGAGAGCAAGAAGGAGCGCACUCAGCGCAACAAGAUCGAGGGCCGCAGUUCCAGGAUGCAAUUUGGUGGUGAAGAAUGGCGAGAUCUUGGUGAAGGUGUCGACCGAAUCAAUCGGUUAACUAGGCAGAAAGAAGGCGGCAGAGGUACGAAGGCCCUGCUGGAAAAGAGUAGAAAACGAACAAGGGAUACGGGUGAUAGUGCUCGCGGAAGUGGCCACAGCAUCAGCACCAAGGAAAUAGGGGAGCGAUUCAACAAGCGUGUUAAGGUCAUGGAAGGGGGACGUAGGGAUCGCGGCAAACGCUAAAACUACAUUUCAAGCCAUUCGUGGACAUACUAGGUGGCUCUAUGGUUGAGCAUAUUAGCCCUGUUUCCUAGCACAAUCAUGAUAAAAAUAUUUUGUCCUUCAUAUCCAUCUAUUCGCGUAUCCCACCAGCCAAAGAUUUUAACCGAACACUAUGAAAUGUAUUACACCAUGAAUCAGGUUUCCCCCUUAACUUACACUCCUAAAAGGGCGUCGCCCCGGAUUAUCGCGAUUAUCGGGUCGCCCGCGAGCUUUUAUCAAUGGGUAAAGAUUGUGAUCAGAUCCAU